AUGAGCGAACAACAAUUAUCUUAAAACCGUCUAGAUGUAUUUGAAGUCUAAAAGUAAGUCCUUAAGCUCAAAAGAAAGAAGAAGGAAUAAAAGAAGGUACUCGAUCAAAAGAGAAAUAGUGGAAAUGGUUUAAACUUUUAAAGACGAAGUACCAUGUUGAGAGUACCUAAUGAAGCACUGCAAAAUUAAAUCUUAGUAUAUGAUACAAAAUCAGCAGUAUAAAUCAAUGAAAAGAUUUGCUAACUCUGUGAUCGAGACAAGCCAUUUUUUGUUAUAUAAAACGAUGAUUUAAUGCGAACAGUUCCUCGUAAAGCAUUAACUUAAUUUUUGAGGGAUCUAUUGAAUGAUUCAACUGAAGGCCGUGAAUACAUUUAGAAACUAUACAUCUCUAAUAAAUUUGUUUCUCCCUGUAAAUGCUUAGAUCUUUCUGUUCAUAUUUAUUAGCAUUUCUUAGCUCUAGAAGUAUUAAAUAUGUCGAGGUUUAAGACUACUCUUAAAUCUCUGGCUAGUCUAGAAAAGAAGCUAAAUUAAUCAUGUAGUUAUACUCCAAGCAUCUAUAAUAACUUAAUAGGGAUGCCAGAUACCUUUGUAAAAGGCAACACCUUACAAUAUAAACCCCAUAAAAGUGAAUAGAAAUCUAGGGACAAAAAUCGAAAUAGAAGUAGUGGUGAAAGUCGCAAUACCAAAUUAAUGGAUUAUAAGUAAUUAGCUGACAGAGCUCAUAAAGAAGCUGAAAAUAAUUAUGCAUUAGUUUAAAGACGUGAUAACCAAAGUUAAAGUUCUUUUGGAGCUAGAAGAAAUUAUUAACAAUCAGCACAUAAUCUAUAAGCUUCAGAGAAAUCGCCGAGUUCUGGUAUUAGAGACUCUUUGGCUUUGGAGUCAAACAAUAAAGGAUCCCGUGCAGCAAGUGAAUACACCUUCUAGGGUAUUAAUCCAAACUAAUCUGAUCAGUAGUCGAAUUAGAGAAAUUUUGAAGAAGAUAUGAAUAGUCAGGUCAGGUAUAUGUCUCCAAUUUAAAACAUAGUUGAUGAUGCAUUACGAAUGAAGAACUAAUUAUCAAGCAAUCCUCAACCUAGAUCAAGGUCAAUCGAUAAUUAAUACAUUGAUCCAAAGUCCUACUUGCGCAAAGAUAUUGAUUAAAUUUAAGAGGAAGAUCCUUAAUUGCACAGUCCAAAUAUCAAGCCUGAAUUUAAAUACUUGAGACAUGACAAUUUUGAAGAGAUCCCACAAUUUAUGGACAAAGAGUAGAAUAGAUAAGAUGAAAAAAGGAGUAGCAGACACUUGAAAGAAAUUGAGAACGAGGAGGAGAAAUUAAAGGAUAGAGAAAAUAUUAACCAAGUUUCAUCUUACCUCAACUCUUUCAAAAAAGGAAGUUCUCAUGAUAUUGAAAAUCAACUUAAUUCUUCCUCUUAAAAUUCGAUAGCAUCGGCUCAUUUCAUAAAUAUACCUCAGAUUAAUCUGAGAAUUCAAUAAGAAAGAUAGCAUAGGCAUUCAAUAACUUAUCAAAGUCCUGAAUUUUUAAUAAAGUAAAGUCCAUUGAGCGCUAAGUCUACAUCAAAGCCAAAAGUCUUACCUGAUUUCACAGCAUUUAAUACAAUGGACAACAACAUGAUUAAAGAGUCAGAAAAUGAAGAAGAUAAUUCAUCCCCCAGGAUCCUGAUGAGGAUCUUAUCAAAACGGAUGACCUCAUCUGUAAGGAAUUCUUAUGAGAUUCCCUAAUACAACAAUGCAGAUGAUGAAGCAUUUCCAAACAAGAAAGGUAGGCAAGAUUCCUAAGAGGAUAAACUCCCCAAAAUAGAAUUCAAAUAAUAGCACGGAUCAGACUUGAAUCUACUGAAUGGACUUGAGAAUAUGAAUAAUCCUUUUGAGUUUAACAUAAAAUUCUAGGAGGAAGAGCAAGAUAUAGGCCAAUAAAUUAUACCUUACCCAAAUUUCAGAUUUAUUGGAGUAAAAUGA